AUGCAGACAGCAUGUGAAAAGGGGUACACGAAAGUGAUCAUUGAAACUGACUCUAAAAUGAGUUUAGAGCUCAUUGACAAAGCGGCAACGGAGAGCCCCCUUAUGGUGACUAUCAGCCAAAUCCGGAACUUAAGGAAGAGACAAUGGCAAUGUGAGUUAAUACAUCAAUGGAGGGAAGGUAAUAUGAGUGCGGAUUGGUUAGCUAAGAGUGGAUUGAGUCUGGAGGAGAGGGUCCAAGAGUUGGCUUCUCCACCAGAGGAGGUGAGGAAGUGGUUGGCAUAUGAUGUCAUAGGCGUUGUAACUCCUAGAUUAGUUGCCAUGUAA